AUGGUUUAUGAGGAGUCGGAGCGCAGGGUUAAUAAUUAGUACCAAGUAAAGCUCAGAUAGCCUAUUCCUGUGAGACCAUGUGAAGUAUUCCCAAGUUUGCAAAAAAAAUAAGAUGGAACCAAUCCUCUGUACAAUAACUAUAUGUUCGGCGCUGCUAGUGGAAAAAAGAUGAAAUUAAAUAAAAAGGACAAAAAGAGGAAGAACAGACAAGGCCAUCAUAAUUAAUCCGUCGAAUGCAUCGGAAGAUCCUACAAUAACAAAAAUAUUAAUAAUUAUUAUAAUAAGGUGAAUAACUAAUAAUAAUCCUCCCAAUUUUUGCCGGAGGAUAUAAAAAACACAUAAAGUCAUAAGAGUGGAAGCUAGGUUAGAAUUAAGAAGCGAAAGGAUGAAGAGCUUACUGGUGGCAAUUCUGGAUUAACCGGAAUUAAUGGUGGUAGAAGAAUUUAAACUCAAGAGGAUACUCUUAGUGAUGAAAAAUUCUCAUAAGCUAUAAGUGGAUCUGAGAAGGAGAGCAAGGACUAUUAGUCCUAGUCCUCUCACUCUCGAAAGAAUCUGACCUACCGUAAGUCUAACUACACUUUUGGAGGUGGAGACAGAAACAUAGAAAAUCUUGAAAGUCUCAGAAACCUGUGCAAAGCAGAAAAGGAACUGAGGGGAAUCUUCCAAGCUGUAAAGUAGUAUGAAUUUCCAAUAAUAAAGGACGCGGAGGGAAAUAUCAAGCAGAUCGGUAAAUUGCAGCCUUUGUAAAAAGUUACCAAGAUUCCUCCGAUUAGACCGCAGAAUCCUAUAGUUUUUGACAAGGCUUUCCGAAGGCAGUUUGAGUAGCUGGACUCUGUUUAUUUAGAAACGAUAACAGCGGAUCCAAAAACUGAUGAAUCUAAGCUUUAAGGUAGCAGCAAUCUAGACAAUUUCUGUAUUCCAUCCCUUAACAACGCAUAUUAAAGUCUAUAUCCUUAAACUGAUAACAAUAAUAGUGGCAGAGGUGUUCAACCUAAACUUAGCAAAUAAUGGGAAACAUCUACCAUAGCCUCUUCAACAUUUUACUCUGAUAAUAACAACAACAAUAACCUCAAUGACUUGGCUAAUAUUAAUGUCAAUAGAAAAUUUACGAAUUAAUUAACCCUCACAAAACAACCUAACAGUUAUAUAGAUAAUUAAACUAACUUAAAUGAAGAACUUUCUAAAUUACAACUUUAAGCAAUAAAUAGUAAUGAAUUAUAUGAUGAUAAAGAUUUUUGA